GCUGUCUAUCAUCGACUUCAACUGGGGCUGGUUGCAUCCACAGACCCCCCCAAGUAUAUGCAAGAAAAAGACAGUGGCCAAUCGUUGUUGACCGUUUAUGAUAAACUCACACAGGUUAACCCUCCCCUCUCUAAUGUACACUUUUAUACGUGUGUGAAAAUGACCCCCAAAAAUGGGUGGUCCAUAAAAGAACAUUCUCCGAGCUGCCAGUAUACGCGAUGCAUACAACCAAGCAUUCUGGAAUGAGGCAGAGAAAUAAGGUACAUCCCUACUGGAGGUUAAUUGGCCGUCUACAAAAUGGCCUUAUUCAUUACUCAUGUGCUACCCAUUUCACACUCUGUAACAUUGUCAUGUUAUUAAUUAGUUUUAUGUACAUGUAAGGAGACUACAUGUACAUGUCCAUGUAACUCCUCCAAGUUGCAUGUUUGUUGGACCCGCAUUCCAGUACAGCACAUCAGUGCUGCACAGGGGUGGAACCAAUAGGUUGUAUAUGUGUCUUUCUGGGUUGAAUUGUCAUGGUCAUAGUACAAAUAGAACUUUGAAGUGUUUGUUCUGUUUACUUUGAUAAAUUGCUGUUAGCAGGUGUUUUUUAUAAUAUUUUUAUGCAGGGUAGGGGGUAUGUUGAUUUGCAUUCAUGUAAAUAUUGAUAAGGUCAGAGUAUAACAAUGUGGCUCAGUUAACAUACUUGACUGACAUUGUAUACAUAGGGUCCAAUCAAAUGGUUUCAAAGUACCAUGUGAUCAUGUAGAGUUUCCCAGAGAUUGGCUUCCAAUACAGUUGGCAAGCAUAUGAUUAGCUACAGUAUGUCACAUGUUUGCAACUAGACAGUGAGUGCUACGUGUAUGCGUCCCCGAGGUUGUGAAAACAUGAUGUCCCACUUCACUGUAGUCAGUAACAGUUUUUUAUAACUUUGCCUUGAAUUCUUGCAACAUUUUCCUCACCUGAAGUGUUUCCAAUUUAAUUGAAACGAUGAGUGCCUCACUCAGUUGCUGCACAGAAAGUCAUAAAAUGAGUACAUUGAAGUAUUUGAAUCAUUGGUCAUUUAAGAGCUUGACAAAAUAUGGUACGGGACUUAUCUGGAAGCACAAUGUGGCAGCAGGAAAAAAGAAAUCUUGUUUGCAUUGCAUGAUGACUUCAUGGUAUUCUGAGCAUUUAGGAAGGAACCAAUUCAUUGUUCUCAUGUGCUGCGAAGGCCCAACAGCAAAUUUGAUACAAUAGUUAGCCCUUCUAUUUUCUUACAAAUCAUUGCUUCAAACCUUAAGAGCAUUGUUAUACAUGUAAGAGGUACAUGUAUAUUUAUUACCCAGUGUUAUCAUGCUACUCCUUUUCCCUUUUCUGAAUCAUUUUCAAGUCACUGACUUAUUUAUAAGGAAGACUGGAAUGCCAGACAAUGCCACAGUACUCCAAUACUGAAAGAAUGUAGCCCAUACAGACUGCUUGAAGUUCAUUGACAUUAAAACUGCACCUUUUCAAGGUUGUCAUCAUGAACAGUUUCCUGUUAGCUUUGGCAAGCACAUGUAUGUUGUUCACAUUGGUGUUCCAUUCUAAAGCAUUUUGAAACCAGACAACAAAAAUUUUCGCAGUAUUAACAUAAUGAUAAAAUGUAAAUCAGAGCCAAUUCUCAAAAUAGUUUUUGGUGGUGAAUUUGUGUCGGUAAUAUUUCCACACAUGAAAAAUAAUGUUAUGUUAUUACUAAAGUGUUGUAGCGUUGAUCCUAAUUUGCAUAAAGGAGGUUCACAUAGCGGUACUUGUGCAUGUAAUGUGUCCUUAAAAUCCCUCGUUCUAAAUCAAUGUGCAAACUAAAUCCUGUUUUGAGAGAAUAACUACUCAUACCCCUCUGUGUAUUUCUAACCCUAGACUUUUACAAAACGUAAAGCUUUGCAUUGUGGCCUGCUUUGACGUGUGUGGGUAAUUAGGCAGUCAUACGUCUUUCAGAUUUUCUCAGAGACUGAAAAAUCGGACAAAAGCGUUGCAUAUCACUCGGCAGUGUUGCUUGGUCCCUGUGACUGUUGCAUGACAUCUGGUCAUAAUUAUUUGAUAAAAAUAUACCAGAUAUUAAGGCAAUAGGCGACGUCGAGUACCAUGGUGGUACUAUCGAAUAUGGUGUUAUUUGUCUGGCAGAACAUCUCACAUCAUAAACCCAACCAACAUUAGAUCUUUUAUCUUGCACCCAACAAGUUGGAAUGGACAUCCCCACAGUCUAACUGGAGACUGCAGUAAAAGUACCAACAUUCGAAUUUUGACCACAAACAGAAAAAUUAAACUAUUGCAUGCAUUUAGCAAUUCUGAAUAUGAAGGUUUGAGAAUGUGGCACACCAUAGCAUUGUAAGAUUUGUGAUGUGUUUUAAUGCACCUUGGGUAAGACAUUAAAUGCAUGUACAGUCUUGUACCUUGGGUUUCAAUGAAUACCUUUCUGCUAUCGCAAAACACAUGUACAUCUUUGUUCAUCUCUCUUCCCUUGAAGAGUACUCUUUGAAUGCAGCACCAGUAUAUUCGUUUUUCAACAGUUUGUCUAACAUGUUUUAAAACAAAGGUUUGGAAUUCGAGCAUUCAGUCCUGAAAUUGUUCAAACGAUAAUCAUUUUUUCACUGUGUUGUUUGUUGUUUCUGGGAUUAUUUUGAUUAGGGCUGAUUUAAAAGUACGGAGGGAUGAUUAUGAGAGAUCUGGUGGGUAACUAAAUGGGUGAUUUGGGCUCAGGUUAAACAUGGGAGCAGGUACAGGUACAUGAACACUGUAGUUUCAAAGCCUGUUUAACAUGUUUUUCUAUUCCUAACAUUUCUGUAUUUUUAACAGUAGUGCUUCCUGUUAAAACUCAUCAAAGCGACAAUAAUGACUCUGCACAUGUAUGCUCAUGCAUGUACAUGUACAUGUACCUGGUGACAUACUAGCACAUGCAUCCUUCUUUAGUGAAAUGUGUGAUUUACUGUUUCCAAUGUACAUAUACCUUUGCAAUAUUUCUUUGAUAAUUGAAAGCCAAAAUACAAUUUCAUGCUUCAGCUCUAGUUCUUCAAAAUUCUGUAACCAAUUUUUCAAUUGUAUUUAUUUUUUCAUUUCUGUUGGGUACUGUGAUACAUGUACAUAGUGUACAACCAAAUAUGUAUGGGUUCCGUUUGUUUUGAUCUCAUGUUAACCACACCCACUGUACGUGUGUGCAUGAUCAGUCAUACCUACAUAUAUGCCAUAUGUACAUGUAUGUGCUAUGCGUACACAUGUAUGUGAAAUGCAUACAUAUUCAUUGUCUGCUUCUCUCAGAACCAUGUGGGCAAACCUGAUUCGCUGCUUCCUGACCUGACUGGGCUGUCAUGACUUACUGGGAAUUCCCCCCCAUAUUCAUGAGAAAUGAGGGCAUGUGUAAUGAUUGCUGCCGGUUGAUUACACUAUGCACUGUCAAAAGGGAAAUCUGAAUGCCUUAAGACAUUGCGCAAGUUCAGUGUGUUUUGUUGGCUCAAAUCUGGGCUUUUAGUAGUUGAGCUUUGAUUGUGGAGCUGAGUGGACCUGUUCUGUAGACAUGGGUAGUAACUUGGCAAGAUUCAUUCAGGGCUACCCUGAUGCUGCAUUAGAAGAUUGCCGCUCAGCUUUGAAAGUGGACCCAAACAGUGAGCGUGCAAGUUGGCAGGAGGUACUGGCACGGUUUGACAUAAUCAAACAGGAAUUCCACCGAAACAAGAACUUGGAUAUCAUGAUUGGCUUUGAGGUGCUACUGUCCGAGAAACCAGAAAAGAUUCUUGAGCACCCCAAAGUGAAAGAAGUUAUUAAAGAGCUGAACUUGAUAUUGGACCCCCACAAAGAACUGAAUCAUGUGAGACGUCGGCCAAAAGUCAAAAGUUCUCAGAAUGCCUCAUCACGAGCCCAGAAUGGUGUUGCUGCAGGAGGUGUAGCAAUGGAGUGGGUGCCCGACCACGUCAAGGCGAACAAGAAGACAAACCAGAAAGCGAAAGCCAGCACAAAGAACAAGAAGAAGAAUAAGACCAAGCCGCUGGUUCGAGAAUUGUCGUCAGAAGAGGAAGAAUCCUGUGAGGAGUCUUCUUACGAGAGUGAUGCAUCAAGCAUUUCAACCAGAGGAACCCGAUCUGAUAGUACCCGCAAGCAGACCUGCUCUGCAGCCACGUCUUCAAAUUCUAGAUCAUAUGGCCUAGAUGAUUUUGGUCCUAUACAGCUGCCAAGCAAAAGUCAGAGCAAUGGGGCAACUCCCAAAGCCACAUCCAGUGGACCACCACCUGAACCCCCUGGAAGGAGAGCUUCCAACGAAUUGCUCCCCACCAGACUGCCACCGGCCAUUGUGGAUUAUGCCAAUCUCUACUGCAAGGUGUGCAACAUGCAGUCCAAUGCCCAUAAGCAGCUGUUACAGCACUUGGCCGGUGCCAAGCACAUGGCUAAGCAGGCAGAGUUUAUGAGGACCCAGCAGGGGCAUCAGUCUGCUGGGGUUCAGCGUGCACCUUUUAAGCCUCCACCAGCCCAGCGCGUACCUGCCCAACCACAGCACUUCACUCUGCCGACCAAGAACACAUAUGCCUCGCUGUCCUCUCCAGACAUCCAGGGUCCAAGGCCUACGAUGCUGAAGUCACCAAUGGCCCCUGCAGCAAACCAGAUACACCCAGGACUCCCUCGUCCUGCCACUGCUGCCAGUGUGUCAGCCAGGGCUGGCAACAUCGUGCCACACCCAAAGAUCUCCCCGCAAAGUAUGGAGUGGCUGAAGAAAUUUACGUUCAGGCUUGCGUGUGAAAAGUGCUUCCCAACAAUUGCCGGCAAGUUUGGCUACAAGGGGCACAGAUACCAACCACAUGAUAAUCAUCACUGCUAUGGCGGAUGGCUGAUCUGCAGACUAGGCAGCUUGUCACACCCCUCAGAAGAGAUAUGGGGAAAAAUUCGUUGCAGAACCAAGCCAGAUUUUAUGGGGCCUUACAGCCUCUGUCAGCAGUUCGACUCUGGCAAUCCCUGCAAGGUUGGUGAGGAUAAUUGCUGGUACUGCCACAGCCGGGAGGAGCUGAUGAUAUGGGAUGCGGACCGUGCCGGUAGCUUCAAAGGCAAGGAGAUUGUGAAUUUCCUACGUUAUUCCCAGGGCAUUGGUGUCAAGCAGCCCAAGGAGGAGCCCAAACAGGACCAGUCUGGCUUCACAGUGGUGUCGCACCAGGGCUCCAACCGAGCCAAACCGGUGCAGCCCUAUCCGGGAACCGGCAUGGGAGCCAGCAAGAUGGCCCCCAUCGCUGUCCCAAAUGCUGCGAAGGCCGUCCUUCCUGAGCAGCCCAAGAAGAAGCCACCUGUCGACGAGAGCCUCCGCAAGUGGCACCUGAUGCUGAUGGCCAGAGUUGGGGGCCACUUCCUGUACCUGUGUGGGAGGUGUUUCGACGGUGCCCCGCCGGUCAUGGCCCUGAGGAGCCCCACAACACCAUUCUGCAGCAAUGAGGAAGGGCCGCAUCCCUGGGAGCAGAGCAAGGUCCUGGUCCACAUCUUUAACGAGAAGGGCAAGGCCCGAUACCAGAAGGUCCGGCCCAAGCCUAAGGGGAUACCCGCCAGGGCCUACCUGUGCUACAACAUCCAGAAGCGGUUUGGCUGUCGGUUUGGAGAUUCCUGCAAGUUUGCUCACAACCUGAUUGAAAUAGAGGUCUGGGAAUUUGAGGUGUUGUACUCAUUGAUGCGAGACACCAUAGUACAGCUGUGCUCAGAAGCAGCGUCUCGUCAGCCAGCCCAGGCUCCGCAGCCUCCUGCUUCCUCAGCUCCUGGCCCAACCCCCAAGGCAGCACCCCCUGCCAGUCAACCCUUGCCAACCCCAUCUGUGUCCCAGGCCAUUCCCAAGUUCAACCAUAACAUCCAGUACGUGUGCGGCCUGUGCUUCUCGCGGACCAACCAGUGCGUGGGCCAGAACCCCCGCAAGCGAGACAACUGCGCAGGGAGCAACCCCCAUCCCUGGCAGCACAAGAUAGUGGUGGUGUACUCGGUGGCCAGGAAGAGGUUCUUCCCUGUUAAGCCCCGACAUCCCAACCUACGUCGUGAAAUCCAUCCCAUACUGUGUAAACACCUCGACAAGUGCUAUCGAGCAGAGUGCAUGUUUCCUCACUGUGAAGAGGAAAGUAGCCUCUGGAGAUACAUGGCACAAUACAAUCGUGAGUAUUUGGUGUCACUCAUGAGGUGGUAAUCAAGCUGAAUGUUGCCAACCGAUGGCUGCUUUCAUUCAAAUCAUGGAAAUCAUUCAAAUCAGUUGGAAUUUACACCUGGAAGGAAUUUUUACAGUUAAUCUUGAAAAAGUUUCUGUUGGAAAUUUAUCCCUUUGAAAAUUCUCCCAAAUUUGCAACACUCAU